AUGAGUGAAUCUCAGCAAGAGAUGAGAAUUGACCCCUCUAGGGCGCAGGGUCUUGCCUCUCAGAUCAACUCUGUCAAAGAGCGUCUUGCUGCUGUAGCAAAUGGUCGAAAUGUACGACUUGUAGCUGUUUCAAAGCUCAAGCCUGCGAAUGAUAUCCUGGCUCUUCACCAGGGUCCUACUUCGCAUACUCACUUCGGCGAGAAUUAUGCCCAAGAGCUGGUUCAAAAAGCGGCUCUCCUUCCAAAGACCGUUCAAUGGCACUUUAUCGGUGGUCUUCAGUCAGGCCACUGUAAAUCUAUUGGAAAGAUCCCCAAUCUCUUCUGCGUCUCAAGCAUAGAUACCUCCAAAAAGGCUCAACUCCUCAACACUACUCGCGCCAACCUUCUCUCUUCAGAGCCCGAUGCUCCUAGAAUCGGUGUCCACGUCCAGGUAAACACAUCUGGCGAGGAAAGCAAGUCAGGCUGCGCUCCCGGUGACAACACAGUGGCUCUGUGCCGCGAAAUUAUCGAGACAUGUCCCAACCUACGUCUGCUUGGCCUCAUGACCAUCGGCGCAAUUGCUCGCAGCAAGGCCACCACCCCUGAAACUGAGAAUGAGGAUUUUGUCUCUCUCAAGGAGCAGCGGGAUCUAGUGGCUAAGGAGCUUGGUCUGGAUCUGGAGAGUCUGGAGUUGAGCAUGGGUAUGAGUGAAGACUUUGAGGGUGCCGUGCGCUUGGGAAGCAGCGAAGUUCGUGUUGGGAGCACGAUCUUCGGACAACGGCCUGCUAAGGCUGAUGCCAAGCUUACAGAGUAG